AUGGCUUCCGAAAGUCACGAGGGGUUGAGUGCCAUGUCUGCUGCUGCGACAGCUCUACAGGGCCACUGGAGGUACUGCGAAAAAUGCUCUUGCCUUCACUAUGCCGGGACAGCGAGAUGCCCUGCUGGUGGAGUGCACAACCAUUCGACCAGUUCAAACUACAGCCUACUCUCUGGGGGCGGCGGUGCCGGCCAAGACGACUGGAGGUGGUGCAAAAAAUGUCAAGUCCUCUCUUAUACAGGUGGCGGUGGGGGGUCAAACGGCCCGUGUUCAGCGGGCGGCAACCACGACACCAAUGGAAGCGGCAACUACCGUCUCACACACAACGACUCUUCGGCGCCGGGACAACAGAACUGGAGAUGGUGCAGGAAGUGUUUCGGCCUCGCGUACGCCGGAGGGAGCGCGGGUAGAUGCCAGAGCGGAGGCACCCACGACCACGGCGGAAGUGGCCAUUACACCCUGUCCAUCGACGGGAACCCGCCCAACGGCGGCCAAGAUCAAUGGCGCUGGUGUUCGAAGUGCCAGUUAUUGGCCUACGACGGGUACAAUGCCUGUGCCGGUGGCGGAGCCCACAUCAGCAACCCCAGCGGACUGUAUAGCGUGACGCACAAUGACCCGAACGCGCCCGGACAACAGGGCUGGAAAUGGUGCAACAAGUGCUACGUGCUCUGCCACAGUAGUCCAGGCGCUGGGCGAGGCGUAUGUCCCAAGCGAGGAACUCACGACUAUUCCAACAGCGGGAACUAUACCGUUUUGCACAAUGUUCCAAAUCCAGGGAACGACUACCAAAGCGGUUGGCGUUGGUGCAGCCAGUGUCACGCCUUGUGGUACAAGCAAAACAACCACGCAAGGUGUCCUCAGGCUCCCAAUAACAACCACACGGACCAGCCGUCUGGUCAAUACUGGAUCCGCCACCAGCCAGCGUGA